CCGGAAGCGGGGGGGCCGCGGCGGGGCGGACCGGACGCGGCCCGGGAGCCGUUGCCGUGACGGCGGUGCCGGGAGCCGCCAUGGAGCCCGCGGCGGCGCUCACCGACAUGUACGACCAGGCGCUGCUGGGCAUCCUGCAGCACGUCGGCAACGUGGAGGAGUUCCUGCGCGUCCUCUUCGGCUUCCUCUACCGCAAGACCGACUUCUACCGGCUGCUGCUGCGGCCCGGGGACCGCCUGGGCUUCCCGCCCGGCGCGGCGCAGGCCAUGGCCCUCCAGGCCUUCAGAGCCUUCGAGUGCAUGGCUCGGCAGGACGACCAGAGGCGGCGCCAGGAGCUGGAGGCCAGGCUGAGGAAGAAGGAGGAGGAGGAGCAGGCUGCUGCGGAUGCCGAGAGGCUGAAGCUGUCCCCCGCAGCUCAGGAGAUCGAGGUGGAGACCACAGAGGAGCAGAGCCCAGCGCUGGAUGCCAGUGGAGCUGGGGAUGCGCCCGAGGAGCCCCCCGGGGCUGCUGCCCUGGCACAGCCUCAGCCAGCAGAGCUGCCCACGUAAGGCUGCUGCUUCCUGCACCCUCUUGCCCGAGCCCUGCAGGGGUUUUCCCUGUCCUGCUGUGUAGCUCUUUUCAGGGGGGGUCUCCUCCCCGGUGGGCACUCUGAGGAGGUCCCUCCUGAGCUCCUCUGGGCAGGGUUUUGUGUGGUGACCAGAGAAGGGCACCCCGGGAGUGCUUUGGUGUUUCCCUGCUGGCACAGCCCUGGUGGAGUCCUGCAGAGCUAGGCUGGGCUGUACAGCUCCUUCCUGUGCCCCUGCUGUGGUGGAACUGGGCUGGUGGCAUGGCUGGCUGGUGGCCCUGCCUGGCACAGCUUUGGGAAACUGGCACCAUCCUGUGGACCCUUUUGUGAUCCCUCCCCUGCCCUGAUGGGCUCCCAGCAGCCAAGCUUGGAACUCACAUAGAUGCCUACAGCACCUGGCUGUGGGUGCAGGCAGGGCCUGGCUGUGUGGCAGCAGCUGUGGCAUCCAAGCCAGGCAGCAGAAGGUGGGUUCAGAGGCCCAGGGUGUCUGGGACUGAUCCAGCUGAGCCCUGAGCAGCUGGCAGUGAGCUCCAGAGGCUGGCAUGGCCUCUGAGCCUCUACCCUGGGGUCCUCUGCAGGCUUUGGUUGUCCUUCCUUGACUCCCCUUGGCUGUGGCACGUCUCUGGCUCCUC